AUGAGCAAGAAGAGUGUUAAUAAAACUAAGUUUUUAAGCAGAUUUCCAAUUAUCGUGGAAGAAUUGACCCAAAGUUUGAAAGAUUAUGGGAUGCCCCAAGAAGCCAUCGAUUGGUUUGCUAAAUCUCUAAAUCAUAACACACCUGGGGGUAAAUUGAACCGUGGUCUUUCUGUAGUAGACACAUAUGUUAUCUUGAAAGGUUACCAUGAUGUUGAAGAAUUGGAUUCCAAGGAAUACGAUCAAUUGGCAUUAUUAGGGUGGUGUGUCGAACUUUUACAAGCCUAUUUCUUGGUAGCAGAUGAUAUGAUGGAUCAUUCUUUAACUAGACGUGGCCAACCUUGUUGGUAUAAAGUUCCAGAUGUGGGUGACAUUGCCAUUAAUGAUUCAUUUAUGUUAGAAGCUGCUAUUUAUAAAUUGUUGAAGAGUCAUUUCAAAAAAGAAUCAUAUUAUAUUGAUUUGAUUGAAUUAUUCCAUGAAGUAACUUUCCAAACCGAGUUGGGUCAAUUGUUAGAUUUAAUCACCGCACCAGAAGAUAAAGUUGAUUUGACAAAAUUUAGCCUCGACAAACAUUCAUUCAUUGUCAUUUUUAAGACUGCUUAUUAUUCAUUCUAUUUACCAGUAGCAUUGGCUAUGUAUGUAGCUGGUAUCACUGAUGAAAAGGACUUAAAACAAGCCCGUGAUGUUUUAAUCCCACUGGGUGAAUAUUUCCAAAUCCAAGACGAUUAUUUGGAUUGUUUCGGUACCCCAGAACAAAUUGGUAAGAUUGGAACUGAUAUCCAAGAUAACAAAUGUUCUUGGGUUAUUAAUAAAGCAUUACAAUUGGCCACUCCUGAACAAAGAACCAUUUUGGAUGCCAAUUAUGGUCAAAGAAAUUCUGAAAGUGAAGCCAAAUGUAAGAAAGUUUUCUAUGAUUUGAAAAUUGAUCAAGAAUAUACUACCUACGAGGAAAAAAUCGCCAAAGAAUUACAAGCCCAAAUUGCUCAAGUCGAUGAAUCCCGUGGUUUUAAAAGCCAGGUACUUACAACUUUCUUGAAUAAGGUUUACAAGAGAACAAAGUAA